AAUUUUUCAUUUAACUUUGUCUUAUGCAGAUGAAGAAAAAGCAAAAUUAGAUCCAUCUUACUAUUUGAAAAACACAAAUACAGAGACCCGAGAGACUUUACUGGAGCUUUAUAAGGAAUUCAAAGGCGAUGAUAUUCUAGCAGCAACUAUGAAGGCUCCUGAAAAGAAGAAAGUGGAUAAGCUGAAUGCAGCUCACUAUUCCACUGGAGCAGUAAGUGCUUCCUUCACCUCCACUGCAAUGGUGCCUGAAACUACCCAUGAAGCAGCUGCUAUUGAUGAAGAUGUUGUGAGAUACAAAUACGUGAAGAAGAAGGGCUAUGUGCGACUUCACACUAAUAAAGGAGACCUAAACUUGGAGCUGCACUGUGAUAUGACACCCCGAACGUGUGAAAACUUUAUCAAAUUGUGCAAGAAGAACUACUAUGAUGGAACAAUUUUUCACAGAUCAAUUCGUAAUUUUGUGAUCCAGGGAGGUGAUCCAACGGGAACAGGAACAGGAGGAGAAUCUUACUGGGGAAAACCUUUCAAAGAUGAAUUCAAGCCCAAUUUGUCCCACACAGGACGUGGUGUUCUUAGUAUGGCCAAUUCAGGACCCAACACAAACAAAUCGCAGUUCUUCAUCACAUUCCGCUCUUGUGCAUAUCUGGACAAGAAGCAUACAGUUUUCGGAAGGGUGGUUGGUGGCUUUGAGACUCUGACUGCUAUGGAGAAUGUGGAAAGUGACCCAAAAACAGACCGUCCCAAGGAGGAAAUCCGGAUUCAGACAACAACCGUUUUUGUUGAUCCGUAUGAAGAGGCAGAUGCCCAGGUUGCUGCAGAAAGAGAGAAGGUCCAGCUAGAAGAAGAAGCAGCCAAAACAAAAGCUGAGGUCAUCCCACCAAAGAAAGAGGUCCAGACUCCUAAAACUUACCGACAGGGGAUUGGGAAGUACAUUAACAUGGCUGCAACGAAGCGCAGCAUGGAAGAUGAUGGGCCCUCAACUAGCACAGCUGCGAAGAAAGAGAAAAAGAGCACAGGCUUCGGGGACUUCAGCUCCUGGUAGCAGCACAGGGAGCCUAGCACCGGAGCAGCACAGCAGAAAAAGAAAAGACGGCUUCCCACGUGUCCCCGAAGAGCCCCAAAGUCAGUCCGUCCUGGGGAGGGAAGGCACCAGCCUGCCUUUCCCCAGGGAAAGAAAACUGUUGCUUUGUUAAGACUGGUUAAUGUGGCUUUGUUUUCUAGAGAGUUGCGUCUCCCCAUCCCCCUGCGUCUUCCUCGAAGGCCUUUUUGUUGUUGUUUUGCUGAGCAGGGAGCGGGCAGCCCAGCUCCGCUGGGGAUCAGCUGGAGCUGUUCUCUGCUCGGCUGGCAGCAGACCAGGCAGAGCCCAGCCUUGCGGGACGCUACUUCA